AUGCAAGAAAAGGGUGAUUCUCCCCCGAGACCUUCUUCGCUUGCGUGCCUUGCUUGCCGGCGUCGCCAUGUAAAGUGUGAUGCCCUCAUGCCGGCUUGCACUCGCUGUCGGACAAACGAUACUGAAUGCCAAUACGUUCGUUCCAAGAGAGGGCUGCGCAAAAACACCAGGAAUACCUCGCCUCAACUAAUAGACGAGAAUGUUUUUUCGACUGUCCCGGAUACCUUCCCAGACUGGCUGGAUGAUGCUGCGUUUUCUACCGACAGGACUCUAGAUGCAAAAUCAUUCUUUCAACCGCUAGAUGAUAGUACUAUUCAAGAACUACCCAUCCCCGAAGAUACCCUCGUUGCCCUUCAAGAGCCAGAGCUUGUCACCCCGGAGGUGGCGUACGACCCGAUGAUCCAGCUCUACUACCAGAACUUUCACCUCUCGCACCCUGUUGUGAUACCGAGAAAAGCUCUGAACUCGCCGCUCUGUUAUCUAAUACCCCCGGCUCUGCUUUCCAUAAUGCGUUAUAUUGGUGCACACUAUUACUCCAAUCCAUCACUCAGGCAGGAAUUCCGGCGAGAGGCAUUCGAUUCUCUCUCCGACCCGACGAUGCAAGACGGGUUCAAGGUUCAGGCAUUACUGCUGUUGGCAGUCAUUGAUCAUUCAAACGGCGAUGAAAAAAGUUCUCAUCGACUAGUACAGACUGCCAGCACCCUUGCACUGGAGAUUGGGCUCAACAAUUCAUGCUUUGCUAGGGAGAAUUCUUACGGCCACUCGGCAAUGGAGGAGAGUUGGCGAAGGACGUACUGGGAGCUUUACGUCGUUGACGGAUUAUUAGCCGCGUUUCGAGAGCAGAGUUCGUUUCGAUUAUAUCGCCAACCAACGGACAUACAACUACCGUGCGCAGAGAAGUUGUACAACUAUGACAGCGUAAUACCAACAGGACAAACAUUGGACGAUCUCCAGAAUAAUUGGACAUUAGGAGAGAGUUUCUCAACAUUUGCAUACCGUAUAAGCGCAGUGCAGAAUUUAGGCGCCGUUCUCGAACUCAACCGGUCAUUGGACUGCAACCUGGAGUCUCAAAUCGAAACUGUGGACGCACAUCUAGCCUCGUCGCUCAUGUCUCUCCCUCCGCUUCACGGGGAUGGACACGACAGCUCCAGCCACGACGAGAUGAUCUUCCAGGCUCAGAUGAUUCUUUACCUAGCACUGAUUUACCUUCACCAUCCACGAUCCAGCAUGCGUUUUGCCUCCUUCAACGCCAACCCUCCUACCUCCUGCACCCGCAUAAAACCAAUCGAAGGAUCAGGAUCCGAGCUUACCCGUACCCAGAGCCUUGAUCUCCACUCACACAAGCUGAUCCGCGCCGCGGAUAGUCUUUCUGGCCUUGCAACCCUCCCCAGUGCUAUCCACCAUCGAACACCGUUCUUCACAUGUGCCCUGGCUAUGUGCAUGAUUGUCCAUACCGCUGCCCUGCUUAUUGUCGGUGACUCUGGGAGGGAAGAGGGUGUCAAAGCCAGGAUCCAGCUGAGUAUUGGAUCGUUGAAGACAUUGGGUAAGAUUUGGCCACUGUCGCAGAAUGUCAGACUGCAGAUGGUGGAUAUGUAUAAGGCUGUUGUGAGGAAGUAG